AUGGCCAUUAUAAACAAAAACACAAUGACAAAGGAAAAAAUGAACGUUUUUUUCUUUUUCAUGAAAAUAUUUUCCUUCUCUGCGUUGUUCUGGAUACUGAGCAACUGCAGCUAUACCCAAGGCAACAGAGAUGCAAGGGCAAAUGACCAAAUCAGCAGAACGUUAGCCGAACAAGUAAAUAUAAAUAAAUACAAUGAUGCAGAAAUAAAAAUUAUAAAAGGAUCGAUUGCAGACAAUCCAGAAUAUGCAGAUUUUAUAGAAACCCCCAUAGAACGAAAAGCUAAUAAGACGGUAGUAUCAGAUGCUGAAAUACCACCAAUUAGAAAACAAAAACCUAUUAAAAGAAGAAAAAUCAUAAAACCAGGAUCACCAGAAGCCAUAAUGAAAGAGACAAAAACCUUCUGGAAUAAAUGCAAACAUACAGGUCCUUGCAGACCAGCACGCACGGGAGAACAUUUGAAAGAUUUUCCCAAAAAAUUCUAUUUAUCUGAGCUAAAACUAAUUGAAGAUGAUGAUGAUGAAUACACAAUGUAUGAUGAUCCCAUGUUCACAGUCAACUUCAGAUACGGUAUCGAAAAUUUGGAAGAAUUCAAAGAAAAAUUUAUAAGAAAUAAUUUUCAAGAGGAAGAUAUUGAUAUAUGA